AUGCUAAACACUGACCAACUGCUGGGUAAGGCUAAAUCGGAGAAACGAAGACACAACACAGAGCCCUUGAUUUCAGGGACUGGCACGGGGCUGUUCAAACUUCUAUCAAGCAUCAUUCCGGAGGAGCAGAGGGGCCUUGGGAGUGGUGACAACCUCCAGAACCAGAGCUGCCAGCUGCAAAGGUCUCAGAGCGCAGGGCAGACAACAAAGAAAGAACACAAGCCCAGGAGACGGCACAAGAAAGGACGAAGCUCAGCUGAGGCAGAGGAUCUCUUCAGUCCACCUUCUCGGAAGCCCUCCUUCCCUUUCCAGUGGGCCUGGGAGAGCUUCAUCAUAGAUGGCCAAACUCUGCUUCAGCCGAGUGCCUCUCUUUCCCCGGGCCAACGAUGCCUGCUCUUGCCAACAGCCCCCCAUCUCAAGUCCAGGCGCAAGUCAACAGCCCAUCUCUCUGAAGACCUUGUUGUCGGCCACAAGAUGGAAGCGCAAAGGCUGGGGAAGAAGCAUCAGCUGGGGGCCUGCGGCACCAUUGCCCUUCCUCUGGGCAAAGCAGAGAGCUUAGGGCUGGAGUCAGCCAGCCAGGGUAGCAACUGCCUAACAGGCAAAGGGUCAUGGUCAGAGUUUGAGGAUGGCUCAGAAGCAGAAGGCCAGGAAGCUGAGGAGGGGGACAGGGAUCUGAGUCUUGGGGAACUGCCCCAGCUCCCAGGGCAUAACCUGCUCUUGGAGGAGUGGGUCUCAGAGGUGAUGGAAGAGGAGGAACACAGCGCCCUCAACAAGAGAAAUGGCAGCUCGGGUAGUAAGCACAGCAAUUCUGGAGAGAAGGCCUCAGGAGCAGGGGAGUUGGAGGGCUACAGACAGGGACACAGCUCCAGCUAUCGAAAACCACAUAAAGGGAUGGCAAGGGCCAAGGAGCUGAAGGGCCCCUGGGACCUGGAUCGGCUGCACAGGCAGUUACAGGAGGAAUUAGACUGUGGUCCUCAAAAGCCGACCUGGAAGGUUUUGCGCGCAGCUGUCCAAGCCUCUGCCAGGAACAAGAAGAGCUCUACCUUGGGGGAUGCUGAAAGUUUGUUUUAUGCCAGCUUCUCUAAUCGUACCUUCCACAAAAGACAGGAGGCUACCAGGACUGCAUGCUCCUCUAUGCCACCCUGGACUUCCUUGAAGCUCCGAAUCCCCCAUGGACAUCUUCCUUUUCUCACCAGAAACCUGCUGCAGGCCUGGGAACUGCAGCACCUGAAGGAGAGGCAGCAGGCUGAGUUCCGCAGGGCAAGGGAGCAGCAGGUGCAGCAGCAGGUGGCUCGCUGUCUGGCAGCCUACACACCCAGAGAGAACAAAGGGGCCUUGGCUGCUCAGCGCAAACUAGAGGAUCUGAGGCGCAAAGAACGACAGCGUUUUGUUGAGUAUCAGGCAGAGCUACAAGGCAUCCAGCACAGGGUGCAGGCCCGGCCCUUCCUGUUCCAGCAGGCCAUGCAGACCAACGCCAGGCUCACAGCAAAUCGGCGCUUUUCCCAGGUGCUGUCCGCGCUGGGAGUAGAUGAGGAACAGCUGCUGGCUGAGGCAGGAAAAGCAGAGGGCACCCCCCGGAGACAAAGGAGCCACCGGUCACUUGGAGCAGAAAUGGAGCCCUCUUCUCUGAGCCCCCCAAAGACAGAGGGUUCCAGCAGCCAGCCUGAAAGACAACUUUCCCCAACCCUGGACCCACAGGACGGUCCCUGAGAUAAAAAAAUUAAACGCUUUAUGGCAAGUA